AUGCAGAUCGCUGCCGCAAUCACCGCGCUCGCUUCCGUCGUCGGUCUCUCGCAAGCUUUCGAGAUCACCUUUCCCAACAGCAAUGGCGGUUAUUGGGUGACCAACUACACCAACACCUUGAACUGGAAAGCCAACUCAUCCGAUCCCAGCUUCUUCUCGGUGCAGCUUCUGAACGCCAAUAGCAGCCAGCUUAACGGGAACUUCCAGAUCGGAAACGCGCUCUUGACUGCUAACGGCACGGCUCAAAUCUUCAUCGAUCGCAUCCCCAGCGGUACAUACAGUCUGCUGUUCGUUAACAGCAGCAACUACGAACUUGACCGCCCGCAGGUAUACUACACUUCGAGCUCAUUUGAAGUCAAGCCCAACGGCACGCAGCCUGCUGAAGUGACGGCCAACACCAACGCUGACCCGAACAGCUCGGCGACCACCGCUGCCACCGGAUCGGCCACUGCGACGCUCUCGAGCGCCACGGGCUCCAGCACCAGCGCUAGGCCAUCGAAUGGCAGCAGCAACAGCGGUUCGAGUAUGAUCCAAGGUAGCACUGUGGCUGUCGUGGGAAGCUUGGUCUCGGCUGUGCUAGGCCUUGGCGCUGGUCUGCUUGUCUGA